AAGAAAGCGGGAUUACACCGAUACUCGCCGCACAAACAUCAACUCCAUUUGUACUGCUCACCGGCAAAAGGUGUAUAAUAGCGUCAGAGAACAACCCGUAGCUUGCGUCCCUGACGCCAAGCUUGGACUAGACGACUCGCGGUGGAGACCCGCGAACGAUUUGAUCAUCGCAAAAUCUCAGGAGAGACUCCGACCAUGGAUAGCCACAGCACCUCUGUUUCUUCAUCGACGGGUCCCGAGCCGGUGAGAACUUUGGCCGACAUCGAGAGGAUGGGGCUUGCAAAACUCAGCCCUGGACCUCGUUUCUACUAUAGCAUGGGCGCCGACGAGAAGCAGACACUGACGGAGAACGUGAACGCCUUUAAGAGGCUCCGCCUUCUGCCGAGGCUCCUGAGGGGCGUAGUGAACCGAAGCUUGGAGACCGUGUUGCUGGAACAGCACGUAUCGAUGCCCAUAGGCAUAGCGCCCACGGCUUUUCACAAGAUGGCCCACCCCGACGGAGAAGCCGCCACUGCGAAAGCUGCGGAAGCAUCACGGACGGUGAUGAUUGUCAGCAUCGUGAGCACCACUUCGAUGGAAGACGUCAGGGAGGCCGCGCCCAACGCCAUCCUUUGGUUGCAGCUCUGCAUUCUCCGGGAGCGAGCGAUAACGCAGCGACUUGUAGCGCGGGCAGAACGCGCUGGCUACAGCGCCAUUGUGUACACUGCAGACAUACCGGUGGGUGGCUCUAACACCGCGACGUUCGGCAACUUCCUCAACGAUUACUCAAAGGAGCUCAGGUGCGCCAACUUUAGAGAAGAGGACGUCGCGAACUCUGGCGGAAGAUUUGUGUCGACCGAGAUCAUGAAUCCGGAGACCACGUGGGCCGACGUUGCCUGGCUUAAGAGCAUCACUAAGCUACCCCUUGUCGUCAAAGGAAUUCUUACUGUUGAAGCGGCCAUUCAAGCCGUUGAACACGGUGCCUCGGCCAUCAUCGUUUCUAAUCAUGGAGGACGCCAACUUGACUGUGUUCCGGCAACCAUUGACGUGCUCCCUGAUAUUGUCCGCGCCGUUGGGCACCGCUGCCAGGUGUAUCUGGACGGAGGCGUCCGCCUCGGCACCGACAUAAUCAAGGCGCUCGCUCUAGGGGCGCGCGCAGUGUUCGUUGGAAGACCUGUACUCUACGGCCUAGCUUACAAUGGCGAGCAGGGUGCCUUCAAGGUUCUUGAAAUUUUAAGAACAGAGACGGACCGCGCCAUGGCGCUUAUGGGUUGCCGUUCUGUGAAUGAACUUCACCCGAGCAUGGUAGUUCGCCGUGAACGGUUAGCUAAUCUGUGAUGAACAUCGCAUGCCCCACUCCACGACAGUCCAGGCACACCAACUACAAUGGUUCUCGUUAUAUUCCUCACCUGCCACAUGUCUUCGAGGCGUAACGCGUGAUGACUGAUGGAAAUAACAAAAUAAAAGGCAAGAUCAAACGUGCAC